AUGAUUGUCUGGGUUCAGCUCCCCGCGUUGAAAAUUCAUUGUCAUCAUAAGGAGGUGCUCACGAUGUUGGGAAAUCUUAUUGGUCGGACGAUUAAGCUGGAUUACCAUACUCUGAAUCAAGAACGAGCGAAGUUUGCUCGGCUGGCGGUUGAAGUUGACAUCUCGAAGGCCUUGGUUCCCAGGAUUUGGCUCGACGACGAGUGGCAAAAGGUGGAGUAUGAGAACUUACCGGAGGUCUGUUUCAGAUGCGGUAAGAUUGGUCACGAAGUGGGAACAUGUCCGCUGAACGACCCGGUUGUAGCGCCAGUGCAAUUGAUGAUCGCCGGUGGGACAAUUCCGGCGAGCCCUCUUACGCCGGACGAUCAAAAUCCGGGAUAUGGCCCGUGGAUGCUGGUGACAAGGAAAACCCGGCGUAAUCCUAGGGAAGAUCAGAGAAAAGGAAAGUGUGAUCAGGAGGCAGGUGCCGGAAAUCAGGGGCUGAAAUCAACUGCCAAAAAUGGGUCUCAGGGUAUCACAGUGAAGGAAAGUGAUCUUUUGAAGCCGUCGGUGGCUUCUCCCAACGGACACUUACCUAUUCAGGGGCAGAACCAUGAUAGGAAGGGGACCGCCGACAAGAAGAGAGGGGAAGAAGUUAAGAAAGGAAAGGAAAAAGUGCACGGGAAUGGUUCUGGGAAGGGAAAAGGGCUGCUUGGGCCAGGGCCCAAUAAGGGGGAGGCAAGGGAGUGUGAGUCAGGGCCAGGAUCUUCUGGUGGGGAGGCUUCAGCUGCAGGGCCCUCUAGGCCUGCUUCCGUCCAGCCUACUAAUAUGAAGUCGCCAGGUGCGGGGCUUGGGCCGGGCGCUGUCAACAGGCCCACUAAUCCCCUCCCUCCAAUCCCCAAGUUUCGGACUGUUACAGGCCCGAAUGGAACGGUUAUGCAGAUCAUCGACAGUAAUGUUUGGUUCCCGGUGAAAGAAAGGAAACCAAAAUCCAAGGGUCGAUUGGCGACGCUGACUUUGCAAGAGAUUCACGCCUGGACGGAAGCGGCGAAACGGCCAACCAUCGGAGAUGGAGAGAUGGCCGCGGGGCAGGCCGGCAAAGCCGGGGAGGAAGACAGACCGGUCGACGGUGCCUCUGAUUAG